ACUAGUAACGCCUGUUGAUAUUUGCUGCCCAAGUGAAACAACAUGGCGGAAGUGUAUAAUUGGUCGUGAAUUUUKAACUCUUUAAUCUAUCGCUUCAUAGUUCUAGCGUUUUGCAUUUGGUUAAAUACAAGUUCUGCUUUAGAAUGAAGUGAUUUUUGGUUAACACGUUGUCGCACGGGAUGUCUAGUCCGAAGUCCAGGUCCUUCAAGGGGCGGGAAGGUUCACCAGGGAAUGUGGUGUCCUUCAACUAUGAGCUGUUUGAGCUGGCUCACAUGUUAAGGGUUCGUCCAAGAACUAAUGUACAGCUACCAGAACAAUCUAUCACUAGAUUGAAUACUUCCAAUCAGCCAUUCAUUCAAGUAUCUGUUUGGUAUGAGGAUGAGUAUGGGUGUCUAAUGGUAUUGUUAUGCAGUAAUGGCUGUCUUCUUGUAUGGAGUGUUUGUGCAGAUGAUGUACCCAUUACCAAGCAAAUACCUUGGUUUCAGAAUCCAAAAAGAGCCAUAAAAGCAAUGUCAUUAGACCUGAGUGGCUGUUGGCUUGUGUGUGUGUGUAUGGAUACAAACCUAUACAUUGUUCCGGUAAUCACUUCUGUCCCUGUCGAAGGCAGAGUGUCACCAAAAAGCUGUCCAUGGAAACUGGAUGAUAUCACUCAAGUUGAAUUUAAUGGCAGAAGAAGUCAGCCUUGUAGCGUUAUCUGGUGGCACACAGAGGACAACUUCCAGAUGUGUAUUGUUGGAACAGAGCUUGGUGAAGUGAUGUUUGUGGAUCUGUGUAAAGGUAUCGCCAUGCUAUCUGUGGAUCUGAAGGAGAGUAUCUCAACGCUGGAGUUAUUACAAGAUAAACAGCAUCAAGUUACCUCAGUUAUGAUAGGAACAGCAUCAGGGGAGACCUGGCAGUUAGUACUUGAAAGUAAGUCAUUACCACAGCGGCACCGAUCAAUUGAUCAGAUGAGCAGUCCCUCUGUGGCUUCUGGUUUGGGGUAUGAGAUGGUCGGCAUGAUGGGGAUUCCUCUGGAGAGUUUCCAGGCUGUGACUGAAUGGCAAGAUAGACUCAAACCAAUGCCAGUCAAGUCUCCAAUGGGAGAGGUACAGUUUUCUGUUCAACAUGCCAGGAACCAAGUGUUUAUUGGAGCACAUAACCAGCGCACAGAUAUAUUACAGGUGUAUGAUACAGAUGUAGAACACCUUCCCAUGUUCAUCUAUCAACUUCCUUCUGGAACAUCACAAUUCAUUCUUACUGAUCGUCUUGUGUUUUGUGUUGUACAUGAUAACCAGGGGAAGACAUCACUUAGUAUUAUUUCCAGUCAGCUUGCAGAAACAUCACAAUCUGUUCCACGUUCACCACAUAGAGCAGAGUCCAGUAUAAUCCAAACCUUCGUCUUGCCAAAGGAUGAACAAGUUGUUGGUUUGUUUAAGCAAACAAAAACCAUGGAAGGACUGAGACAAGCUUCUGAUGUGAUGGAAGAAGAUGUAGAUAGUUUUCUACCUACCAGGGUGUAUAAUGUUGAUGGGUGUAUUCUAGUUACUACAAGUGCCGUCUAUGAAUGUAGACCAAGUGUGUCCCCUGAGAAGCUGUUCCUCGACUUAGCCAUUAACAACACAGACAAUACAGCAGCAGACAUGUUGGCAAUAACCACAGGAUUAGAUGUAAACAUGUUGUAUCAGAUGGCUGCAGAAGAAGCUCUCAAUCAAUCCAAGUAUGAGCAUGCUAUGAAACUCUACCAGCUUUCCAAGUGUCCCUUCAGUAAAAGAGUUGCACAGUUUGCAAAACACAAGAGGAUUGGAGACAUUUUAACAUAUUUGCGGCAGGCUCUCAGUAAACACAGUGAUUUUCACACAGCAGAACGUAAACAGCUCUCUAACCUUGCACUCAACUGCUUUGUACAGCAGGUGUUACAGUUUAGUGGUGAUACUAACAAACACCAAGAAUUGAGAGAAGCAUUCAGUCAGUUUCUCAAUGACAAUUUUGACUAUGAUGAGUAUUGUGCAUUGAAGCUGCUUGCUUCACAUGGUCUGAAAGAACAUGUCUUUGAUGUGGCAAAGGCACGUGGUUUGAUGAUUGAAGCACUUGAAGUUCUUUAUCAAACGGGUCAAGUACACCUGUCAACAGACCUGCUCAACAAGCUAGCAGCUCGUGGUUUCACUGAUGUGGUCAGCAGAAGCUGUAAUGGAUCAUUUUUGUACAGUAUGGACCCUAAAGAUGCUAUCAAUUUUCUUCUGACAAAGCCUGAGACGAUCUUGUCCCAUUUAACCUUCCUAUUACAUCACUUGAUAGCCUUGGAUGAGGAGAGUCUGGUGCAUAUUGCACAUGUUCUGGAUCCUUCCCGACCUUCCUUUCGGUCGCUUCUUACAAAACUGAAGACGCUUCCCAAAUCCCGGUCUGUUUCUGAGAGUUCUAUUACAUCACUCAUUUCGCUGGAAAGUACUGUCAGUCUGACCAUGGAUGAACACAGGUUUCCACAUGUUUCAGAUCUUCUUCAUCUUUUCCUCUGUACCUUGCUUGUCUUGAACUACAAAAGAGAGCAAGAACAAGAUCCAUGUACCAGGAUCAUGAAUAUUCAGUACGUUUGUGGUCAUCCAAAUUCCUCCAACAAAAUGAACAUCAGAAAAAGAAACGGCACCAUAGACAUGCUGUGCCAGCAAGUCAAGUUAUCUUGUGGUCAGCAGCAUACUGCUGUAAUCAGUGCAUCAGGUGACGUGUACACAUGGGGCAAGUCACACAAGGGCAGGCUUGGACAUGGUGACCUGAUUGAAGAAGAAGGCAAAUCUAUUCCAUUCAGAGUAGAAAUACUUCACAUGCACAGGAUCAAAGUUUUAUCUGUGGCCUGUGGAAUUGAACAUACCGUGGCACUGUGCAGAGAUGGGGUGUAUGCCUGGGGUUCAUCAGAAUAUGGACAGUUAGGACAAGGUGAUACCAGACAGCACACUCGACCAGUGUUCAUAACAGAGCUGUCAGACAAGAGUUGUAUUGCCAUCACCUGUGGUCAUUACCAUUCCCUUGCAUUAUCUGCGGACCAGAGAGUUUGGGCCUGGGGAUGGGGUGUUCAUGGUCAGUUAGGAAUGGGAACCAUUGAGGAUGUYUGGUUACCUAGUCAUGUGACCUCCCUUGAUCAUCUACAAGUGACCCAGAUGGCUGCUGGGUAUUCUCACACAGCUGUUUUGACAUCAGAGGGGCAUGCAUACACAUUUGGAGGAGGUCUUUAUGGGCAACUGGGUUUAGGAACCAACAAAAAGCAAACUUUACCAAGAAAAGUAGAAGCCCUACAAGAUGAAGAGAUCUGCCUCAUCUGCUGUGGGUCAUUUGAAACAAUUGCUGUAACUUCAAACCAGAAAGUCUUUAACUGGGGAAGGAGUCCACACUUUUUCCGACUACAUACCAAACCUGAAUUCCGUGCCAAAAGGUUAAGCAGCCAGGGAUCUUCACAGUCUGGUUCGCUGUCACACAGAUUCUCUCCUAUGGAAAUGGAUUGUUCUUUUAUCUCUCGUAUCAAAGAGAUCUAUUGUGGUAACCUUCAUUACUUGGUAGUAACAGAAGCAGGGCAGGUCUAUACAUGGGGUUAUAAUGACCAUGGACAACUGGGUCAUGGCAAAAAGAUGGAUAAUCAGCCUGUACCAAAGGUUGUUCCAGGACUUAAAGACAAGCACAUAGUUAAUGCCAGUGUUGGUGCAGAGUUCUCUGUUGUUAUGGAUACUAAUGGUCAAGUGUUUGUAUGGGGAAGGGCUGACUCAGGACAGCUUGGCUUAGAUUCAAGUCUUAUUGGGUCAGCAAAGGAAGUCUCUUCUCCUGCAGUAUUGUCUAGUUUACCACUUCUUACUAACACAGAUCAGCCUUCUUUACCAGAGUCAAAUCCUUCAGAAUACAGCCUUGAUUUGGAUUGGAAGCUUCCAGACCUUUCUCUUAUUGGUAACAGAGGUGUUAUAUAUGGAAGGGAAUCACUGACAUUAGCUCUACAUGCUCUCUACCCUCACUACUCAGCUACUGUAAUGUUGAGGCAUUGCCUGGAUAUCAAUGACUAUCUGAGCACAUCUGUGAUCUACAACAACAAGAACCACUGGUCUGAGGCUCUUGGCUUGAGGUUGAAAUUUUUAGCCGGCUGCAAAAAAUCAGCAGAGGAGAAGCUGGAUAAGGGUACCUUCUUGGACCAUGCUAUUAAUGUCAUCAACUACAGCUUGAGUCUCAUUAAAGAUAAAGAUAUGACUGAUGAUAGAAGCAAUAUUCAACUACAGCACAUCUUGAUGGAGGGAUGCAGCUGCUACAUCUCAAGGGAAUUCCACCUCAACUCCAGCAACAAGCAGCAACCUUUCAAAACUACAGUUCAGUACAAAAUUCUUGAAUACAGUCCUGGAACUAGUUGCUGACCAAAUUCACUCAGGUGAAGAAGGAACUGAGUACGAGGAAGAUUUAACUCAGAUGCUCACGACUCAGGGGUAUAUUGUAAAUGACAAUGCUUACUUAACCGUUGGACAGCUUAAGGAAAGUCAAAUGUCAAAGAAUCAGCUAAUCCAGGGAAUCAUGGACAACUUGAAAAAGGACUUAGAUAAAUGUUCUUUUAUUUCAUUGUCCAUGACAACAGCUGCAACAAUUGCUGCUGCAGCUGUCUCACAACAAAGAGAAUGGAAGAAUGAAAAUCCCACUAAACCAAGCAGUUUAUCUACUCCAGAUGUGCUUGUCUUCACAUGUAAUCAUCAAUUUCCAAGGGUUUACUUUAUGGACAACAUACUUCCUGAAUUUCAGCAAAGAAUGUCAGAACUACUUGUACCACUUGUGAAUACAACAAAAACGCUCGUUACCCAUUACAAGAAAUCAGAAAAACAGCUCAUUUCUGCAUGCCCAGUGUGUGUCUAUAACUCUCUGAGAGCUGAACAGCUGGAAAAGGCAACAGAUGCCAAUGCAGUCAUUGGAGAAGGAUUCAAAGCAAAACCAUGGGAUAUAUAAAAUAUAAAUUGAAUUAUUGAAAUUGAAGAUGCUUUAGAGGAUGUUUUUCAUACGUUGGAAAAGUUAUCCAUCCUGUGAAAACAUCUUCAAUUGCAUGAAUACCUCACACAAAAAGCCUCAAAUGUUCUAUAAACUGAAAUUAUGUUUUUUUCUAAGAAAUUCGUAUUCUUUGACACUUUGAAAGAAUAAGUGUCAUAAAAUAAAAAUAUAUCAUUGAUAAAGAAAAAGGAAUAUACAAUAACACAGAAUAUAAAGAUUUUUAGAUGUUUUAAUGCAUUUUAUUAUUACAAAAUGUUACAAGACAUGCUGUAAUCAAACCAGACAUGCUAACGAUAAAUCAGURUGAAAAAGAAUACUUUAUAAUAAAAUCAUUAUUCUCAUUAUUAGAAUGGCUAACCAUACCAGUCAGGGAAAUAUUUUGUACCCAUAUUGAAAGCAGGAUUUUUUGGUAAAAUAACUUAAAAGUAUUCAUUUAUUUCAUUUCUAUCGCUAUUAUCAGCAAGUGUAGAAACCACCGUCAUGUUUACGAGAGUACCCUCCAUUGGUUGCUGCACUGUGAUGGCUUUCUGCAAUCACAUGAAUUCAAAUUUGUUUUGAUUAGGGAACAGGUCAUAAAGUUGUAUUUGUGUAAAGUGAAAGAAAGAGAUAAGAAUUGUAUGACAGAAUAUUUGAUUCAUAACAUAGAGUAUUAUUGUCAAUUGAUUAA